AUGCAGGGCACGCGGCAGGCACCGCACCACCCCGGCAGGGCUCCGGGACCGGCCCCCCGUGCCCCGCGCCCCGGCUCGGCGGCGGACUCGGCCUGCAGCCUGGAUCCGGGAGGCGAGGAGGAGGAGGGGGGAGGCCCGGCCGCUCGCUCCCCCCCGGCCAGCGAGCGCAGCCUGGAGUUCGACUCGGGGUACUCGGAGGCGUCGGGGGGCACGUGGAGGGAAGAGGAGGUGCCCGUGCGGCGCCGGCAUCUGCUGCCCUGCCAACGGGCACACCGGCUCUCCGCCGGCCCCGCCGCACCACCGCCCGCCCCCGCCCGCCGUGUCCGCCCCAAAUCCACCUCGGACGCCUGCCUGGAGCAGUGGCGGGCCCUGGAGCCCGCCGACACGCAGGACUGGACCGUAGCACUGCUGUCGCAGAGCCGGAACCGGCAGCCCCUGGUGCUGGGCGACAACUGCUUCGCUGACCUGGUGGAGAACUGGAUGGACCUGCCCGAGGUGGGCGCCGAACCGCGUCGCAGAGCCCCUGCCGAACCCUCCCGCCGGCUGGCCAAGCCCCCCGCCUUCCUGCUCAGCCUCUCGGGCAAUGUACGCCGUAAGCUGGCCAACAUGGCCCGGCCCCGGGGGGCCGACGGUGCCCGCCCGGGCGGCCGCGAUACCACCAAGCGUUUCUCCUGCCCGCUGGGGCUGGGGGGACAGCCCAAGGGCGCCUGCUUCCAUCAGUCCCACAGCAACAUCGCCCAGCUGGCCACGGACUUUCACCGCUUCACCGCCUUGAUGAACAGCCGCAGCCGCCAGCCCAUCAUCUGCAACGACGUUAUCGGCUACAUUUAG